UAAGUGGUCUAAGAAUCUACUUAAUUGGGCAAAAAGAUCAUUAAGUAGUCUAAGAAUGGAUUUAAUUACUGUAUUUCCCAAUAUAUAAGACGCACUUUUGUAAAUAAGAUUUCCCUGCCCCUGUGGUGGAUAGUGGAGUGUUUCCCAUGUGGUAUUGGUGUGCUGGAUAUCCCUUCACUGGUAGCCUGGUAACAUACACUCCCAGGUCUUUCUCUGUGGUGGAUAGUGGAGUGUUUCCCAUGUGGUAUUGGUGUGCUGGAUAUCCCUUCACUGGUAGCCUGGUAACAUACACUCCCAGGUCUUUCUCUGUGGUGGAUAGUGGAGUGUUUCCCAUGUGGUAUUGGUGUGCUGGAUAUCCCUUCACUGGUAGCCUGGUAACAUACACUCCCAGGUCUUUCUCUGUGGUGGAUAGUGGAGUGUUUCCCAUGUGGUAUUGGUGUGCUGGAUAUCCCUUCACUGGUAGCCUGGUAACAUACACUCCCAGGUCUUUCUCUGCCUCUGUGGUGGAUAGUGGAGUGUUUCCCAUGUGGUAUUGGUGUGCUGGAUAUCCCUUCACUGGUAGCCUGGUAACAUACACUCCCAGGUCUUUGCCUCUGUGGUGGAUAGUGGAGUGUUUCCCAUGUGGUAUUGGUGUGCUGGAUAUCCCUUCACUGGUAGCCUGGUAACAUACACUCCCAGGUCUUUCUCUGCCUCUGUGGUGGAUAGUGGAGUGUUUCCCAUGUGGUAUUGGUGUGCUGGAUAUCCCUUCACUGGUAGCCUGGUAACAUACACUCCCAGGUCUUUCUCUGUGGUGGAUAGUGGAGUGUUUCCCAUGUGGUAUUGGUGUGCUGGAUAUCCCUUCACUGGUAGCCUGGUAACAUACACUCCCAGGUCUUUCUCUGUGGUGGAUAGUGGAGUGUUUCCCAUGUGGUAUUGGUGUGCUGGAUAUCCCUUCACUGGUAGCCUGGUAACAUACACUCCAAGUUCUUUCUCUGUGGUGGAUAGUGGAGUGUUUCCCAUGUGGUAUUGGUGUGCUGGAUAUCCCUUCACUGGUAGCCUGGUAACAUACACUCCCAGGUCUUUCUCUGCCUCUGUGGUGGAUAGUGGAGUGUUUCCCAUGUGGUAUUGGUGUGCUGGAUAUCCCUUCACUGGUAGCCUGGUAACAUACACUCCCAGGUCUUUCUCUGUGGUGGAUAGUGGAGUGUUUCCCAUGUGGUAUUGGUGUGCUGGAUAUCCCUUCACUGGUAGCCUGGUAACAUACACUCCCAGCUCUUUCUCUGUGGUGGAUAGUGGAGUGUUUCCCAUGUGGUAUUGGUGUGCUGGAUAUCCCUUCACUGGUAGCCUGGUAACAUACACUCCCAGGUCUUUCUCUGUGGUGGAUAGUGGAGUGUUUCCCAUGUGGUAUUGGUGUGCUGGAUAUCCCUUCACUGGUAGCCUGGUAACAUACACUCCCAGGUCUUUCUCUGUGGCGGAUAGUGGAGUGUUUCCCAUGUGGUAUUGGUGUGCUGGAUAUCCCUUCACUGGUAGCCUGGUAACAUAUACUCCCAUGUCUUUCUCUGCCUCUGUGGUGGAUAGUGGAGUGUUUCCCAUGUGGUAUUGGUGUGCUGGAUAUCCCUUCACUGGUAGCCUGGUAACAUACACUCCCAGGUCUUUCUCUGUGGUGGAUAGUGGAGUGUUUCCCAUGUGGUAUUGGUGUGCUGGAUAUCCCUUCACUGGUAGCCUGGUAACAUACACUCCCAGGUCUUUCUCUGUGGUGGAUAGUGGAGUGUUUCCCAUGUGCUAUUAGUGUGCUGGAUAUCCCUUCACUGGUAGCCUGGUAACAUACACUCCCAUGUCUUUCUCUGCCUCUGUGGUGGAUAGUGGAGUGUUUCCCAUGUGGUAUUGGUGUGCUGGAUAUCCCUUCACUGGUAGCCUGGUAACAUACACUCCCAGGUCUCUCUCUGCCUCUGUGGUGGAUAGUGGAGUGUUUCCCAUGUGGUAUUGGUGUGCUGGAUAUCCCCUCCCAAGGUGUAGAACUUAACAUUUCUCUUCAUUGAAUUGUAGCAGCCACUUUUUGAUCCAUUCCUGUAGCUUGGUGAAGUCUUAUAAGGCAG